GAUAUUAGCAGAAGUGUCUAGAAAGUUCUGACAUGACAGUAUAAAAAAGUCAGUGUGUCAGUGAGCAGCCGGAGGGUUAGGAGCUGCCAGUAAAGCAGCAGCAGCAGCAGGGCAGUAGCAGAGGGAGUCCUGUCCUGCCACUGGAACGCAGACACACCGACAGGGGCACAGAGGAAGGAAAGAGAGACCUGAGGAGAAGACAGCAAAGUCAGCAGACAGAACGCUCCCUGGGUUAUGCAAGACCCAACUUACGCAAAAAGAUCCAUAAGGCAUAAAUAAAAUUUGCGAGUUGUGGAAAAUAUUGCAUAGCAUACGGAAACACAAAGUACUGUAGUGCGGAGGAAUACAGCGGUAGCAUCUCCUACAAGGAAAGGCUUUGCGCUCUCACAGCCUGUCAGUCUCGUGUCUUUUCAGUGAUACUGUAUUUCUGUUAUUUCACCCUAUUAUUUCAUUUAAAUCAUGCCUGGAAAGCGACCAAGUGAUAGCAAGAGUGCAGGACCAGUUCGUAAGCGAAAGAAGAUUGAUUUAGAGCAGAAAAUGAAAAUAGUGAAAAAGUAUGAAGGCGGACAAAGCCUGUCGUCAAUUGCUCGUGAACUCGAUUUGGCUACCUCAACAGUGAAAAGUAUUUUGAAUGAUAGUGCACGCAUAAAAGAGCAUGUGAAAGGCUCUGCUCCUUUAAAAUCAACAGUCAUAGCGAAGCAGCGUUCUGGUGCUAUCUAUGAAAUGGAAAAGUUAUUAACAAUGUGGAUGGAAGAUCAGAUUCAAAAACGUGUGCCGCUUAGCCUAAUGAUUAUUCAAGCAAAGGCUAAAAGUAUUUUCGAAGACGUAAAGGGAAAAUACAGUGAUCCUAAUGCAAAGUUUGUGGCUAGUCCUGGGUGGUUUAAUAGAUUUAAACAACGUGCAAAUUUUCACAAUAUAAAAGUGAGUGAUGAGGCUGCUAGUGCUGAUACAAAAGCAGCUGAAAAGUAUCCCAAAGUGUUACAAAAACUUACAGAAGAAUGUGGUUAUACAGCACAGCAAAUCUUUAACGUCGACGAAACUGGAUUGUUUUGGAAAAAAAUGCCAGACAGAACAUACAUUUCAAAAGAGGAAAAGACGAUGAAAGGGUUUAAGGCUGCAAAAGAUAGGCUAACACUUUUGCUUGGGGGUAAUGCAGCUGGAGAUUGCAAACUGAAACCGUUGCUUGUUUAUCAUUCAGAAAAUCCCCAUGCGUUUAAAGGCAUUAGCAAAGCUACCCUUCCAGUUCAUUUCCGUUCAAAUCGAAAGGCUUGGAUCACAACGGCACUUUUCGAAGAUUGGUUUAUAAAUUUGUUUAUCCCGGAAGUGGAAAAAUUCUGCAGAGAAAACGACAUCCCAUUCAAGAUUAUGCUUAUCAUCGAUAAUGCUCCUGGACAUCCCGCACAUUUAGAUGACUUUCACCCUAAUGUAAAAGUCGUGUUUCUACCUCCUAACACAACUUCGAUCCUACAGCCCCUGGAUCAGGGGGUCAUUGCUAAUUUUAAAGCCUAUUAUCUACGAAGAACAUUUGCACAGGCAGUAAAAGCAACUGACAGAGAGUCUGGCAAGACUUUACGUGAUUUUUGGAAAUCAUAUAACAUUUACCAAGCCAUCAUAAACAUUGCUAAGGCCUGGGCAGAGGUUACCCAAGUUUGUUUGAAUGCCGUAUGGAAGAAAGCUUGCCCACAGUUUGUACACAGCGUUAAAGCUUUUGAAAAAGACGAAACAUAUGAGGAGGUGGCAGAUGAAAUUGUGAAGCUUGCCGAGCAGCUUGAGCUGGAAGUUGAUGUUGGUGAUGUGGAUGAGCUUAUCGAAUCCCAUGGAGCUGAAUUAUCAAAUGAGGAUCUUAUAGAAUUAGAAGCAGCAAAAGUAAAAGAACAGACUGAAGCUGAGGAUGAAGUUGAAGUAGAAGAGCCACGACACUUCAACACCAAGGAGAUGGCACUUGCAUUUCGUGAGAUUGACUCUGCACUGGCAAAGUUUGAGAAGAUGGACCCCAAUUCCUCACGAUUCUUGAAAGUGAACAGAGGCAUUGACGAAACGCUGGCCUGUUACAGACUGAUAUAUGAAGAGAAGAAAAAGGCCACCAUCGAGUCAUCUCUUGAUAAGUUUGUAAGGAAGAUUGAAAGGCCUGCAACGUCCACAUCUCCACAGCCUUCCACCUCCAAAGCCCCCUCUGACGACCCCGAUGAUGUAAUGUCUGUCUCCUCCUCUCCUUCCUCAUCUACAAAUUAAGCCCACUGUCAUCCACCACCAAAAUGCAGCCUUCAGCGUGCCAGGAUAACAAUAGG